AUGAUGCGGGCACUUGUAGAGCAAAUCUUUCGCCUCAGAAUAUCUACCGUUAUCGAAAAACGACUUGAAAAUGUGCCGGCUCAGCAAAAGGCGGAUAGUUUUGUUUCUUCAUCAGACGAAGAAGGUCCAUGGCCUCUUCGAGUUUCCUCUCCAUCAAAAGCUUCUGAAUCAAAUUCUUAUACGUCGACUGCCAAGGUCUCAGCCGAGCCUUCUGCACCAACUGAACCAAUAGCGUGUACGCGCCUUUCGUUCUCGACUGACUCAAAAACCCGUUUAUCAAAACAUCUAAAAGCUCACCAUCGGCAUCAAAGCCCUUUCCCACCAUUUUCGCAAAACAAAGCAAGGCCUUAUCGACCUCAUAGCCCGCACAAUGCCCUUUUAUCAAAAUCGUCCACGUCUUUAUAUCGGGAGCACAACCCUUUUCCUCCAUCAAAUCAAGAACUGCAGAAGCUUCCUCGAACCUUCUGA